CUCAUGGUAGACACCUCCACGUUUUUUUAGUUUGGAUUUGUUUUACGCGCGGUGUUAAUCCAGCAACAAGUGGUGUCAGCAUGUCUCUGUCGGAUCAAUUGUGGUGUCCCACAAGCGUCCAGGUAACGGUGCUCCAAGCCAGAGGCCUCAGGAUAAAGGGGAAAAGCGGCACCAACGAUGCGUACGCGGUCAUGCAAGUGGCCAAGGAGAAGUAUCAGACCUCCGUGGCGGAGAAGAGCGUGGCACCGGUGUGGAAAGAGGAGGCCACUUUCGACCUGCCGCAGGGCGCAGGUGGAGGUGGAGGUAGCACGGACCGGUCCACUCUCCAUGUCCACGUCCUGCACCGGGCCCUGGUGGGUCCAGACAAACUGCUGGGACAGGCUGUCAUCAACCUGCUGCAGCUCAGUGAGGACAAAACCCGCAACAAGAGCGAAUGGUUUAAAUUGCUGGACAAGACUGGCAAGGCAGAUAAAGACAGAGGAGAGGUGUUCGUUGACAUCCAGUUCAUGAGAAACAACAUGACCGCCAGCAUGUUUGACCUUUCUGGUGCCGGCAAAUCCAGAUCCCGCCUGGGCAAGUUCAAGGACAAAGUUCGUGGCAAGAAAAAGGAAUCAGAUACUGCGUCUACCAUAGUGCAACCUCUCACUCAGGUUCUGACAGACAGCGAGGAGGAGGGAAAUGAUGAUGUUGAGGUAGCUGCAGGCAAGGAAGAGAAAAAGAAGAAGAAGAAGAUAAAGUCUUUGUUUUCUACCAAGUCUAAUCUGCAAAGGAACAUGUCUCAGUCCAUGUCUGUUUUGCCUGCGAAGAACUCCACACUGAGCGGCAGCCAGUCAUCUGGUCUAAAUGUGGAUUCUUCUGAAGGUAAAAAGAAGUUCAAAUUCAUGAUGCACAAGCGUUCUGGCAGCUCAGACAGCAAAGAUUCCUCCUCUGUUCAUCAAAAACAUGGUGCUGCAGAGCAGAGUAACCUGUGCAUCAAUGGAAGUCAUAUAUACUGUGAAGAACCACAGAGCCGGACCUCUCGCAUCGGCUCAAACUUCAGUUUGGCCAGUUCAGGUCACGGAUCCAUGGAAGAUGUUCCUGAAAGCUCUCCUCCAUCUGUUGAUUCACUAAGGGCAAGGAGACUGGAGGAAGAAAGAAGGAUUGAAGAGGAGAACACUAGAAAGGAGGAAGAGGAAAGGAUUAGGAGGGAGGAAGAGAGAAGGAGGCAAGAGGAAGAGGAGAUGGUGAGAAGACAAGAAGAACAUGAGGAAAUGAGGAGGCUAGAGGAACAAGAAAGGAGGCAAAGGGAGGAAGAGGAAAGGAUUAAGCAAGAGGAGGAGAAGGCUAGGAGGGAAAAGGAAGAAUAUGAGACAAUGUUGGAGGAAAAGAGGAAACUGGAGGAGGAAGAAAGAAAAAGGCUUGAGGCAGAAGAGAAAAUUAGAAAGGAGGAAGAGGCAAGGAUAAGGGUGGAGGAAGAACAGAGGAGAAAAGAGGAAGAGGAGAGGGUUAAGAGAGAAGAAGAAGAAGAACUUAAAAGAUUAGCUGAGGAAAAGAUGAAACUAGAAGAACAAGAAAGGAGGAGAAUUGAGGAAGAAAGGCAAAGGGAGGAAAUGAUUAGGAAAGAGGAGGAGAGGAGAAAGGAGGAGGAGGAAGAGAGGGCUAGGAAGGAGAAGGAGGAAUAUGAGAGACUGGUUGAAGAAAAAAUGAGACAAGAGGAACAGGAGAGGAGACGACUUGAGGAAGAGGAGAGAAUCAGAAAGGAAGAGCAGGAAAGGAUUAGGAUGGAGGAAGAGAAAAGGAGACAAGAAGAAGAAGAAAAGAGGAUUAUUGAGGAAGAGGAGAAAAUGAAAAGGGAGGAAGAGGAGAGGAUUAGGAAAGAAGAGGAGGCCAGGAAGCUGGAGGAAGUAAAAAGAGAUGCAGAAGAACAGAAGAAGAGAGAAAAUCAAACACAAACCAAAUCUACAGUGGAGAGCCAGGCAGAGGUCACAUCUACUAAUCCAUUUGAUGAAAACUUUUCAAGUAAUCCUUUUGAUGAGAUUCCAGACUCACCUGCAGCAAACGUGUCAACUGUCCAACAAAGGAGUCAGUCUGCUGUCCCAUUGCUGGAAGGCAAGGCUUCAGCUGAUGAAAAGGAUCUUAUUAGCGCUCAACGGGAGAAGCGACUGGCUCCUCAGCCACCAGGAAAAACUCAAGCUGAGAGACAGAGUCAGAGGGAGCAGGACGGAAAUACAAGACAUCUGGCACAAAUUAACAAGCAGAGCAAAGACAAAGAUGUCAAAACUGUCAGUGUUCACCCACAGCGCUCAGUGCAAAUGAUUGCUCCACUCAGUAGGUCUCCCACAGAUGCAAAGAACACCAAGAGUUUAACAGAAAGUAGCACAACCAAGGGAACAACAAAUGUAGCCAAGAACAGUAAACGUCCCGCACCGUCUAAACCUCGUUCUGUGGAAGAAGGACCAUCAUCUAAACCUAAAACGGCCUUGUCUUCUGGUGGUAAGAUGUCCAAUGAACGUGGCUCAAAGACAAAACAGGAGCCGGUUGUUUAUGGCUUGAAUCCAUUUGAAGAUGAUGAAGACGAAAAUGAGCUUACAGCCAAAGAUGAUUCAAAAACAAAUACAGGCUCAGUGCAGAUGCCACAAGAUGCUGAUAAAGAUGCCACCUCUCAAUCAAAAAUCAAAUCCUCAAAGAUGGCCCCUGCACCCCCACUUCCUGCAAAUAAAGCCUCCAGUGGGACCGUACCUGAUAACAGUAUAACCCAACCAUGUGACCUGGAGCAUGCCCAGAAGACCCGGGCUGCGACGGCACAGAGUUCAGUGGAGAAGGCAGGUGGGAAGAAGGAUGGGCCUCCUGUAACUUCACGCAGGCUUCAACCUGUGAAACCCCUUAAUCCUUUGGGACAGCAGUCUGCCUCAGUCGUUCGAGGGGAAACCGAUAACAAAUCCACAGAGAUCCUUGGUGAAGUUCAGGAGGAUCGAAAGGUGAAUAACACUGAGCUGAAGGGGCCGUACUCCCAGCUGACUCGGGAGGAGCUCAUCUCUCUUGUGCUUAAACAGGAAAAUCAGAUGACCGACAGAGACAAAAAGAUAUCACAGCUGGAGCAGUAUAUUGACAACCUGCUCGUGCGUGUCAUGGAAGAGAAACCAAGUAUUCUCAUGUCCCUGAACUCUCUGAAAUAAGCUAUGUAGUGUUAAAGCUUAUGUUUACAAGGUUUGAACAGUGUAAAGUUUAGAUUCAGAAUACUAGCAAAUAAAUAAUGAUGAAGUUAGAAAUAUAUAUUUUUUAAAAUCUUGCAGAGUCUGUUGCACUUUCAGCCUUUCACUUGGGGGAUUAUAUCAACUUGAAAUCAAAGAUGUUAAUAAGUAAAAUGAUAUUUGACAUUUUCUAAAUAUUUAGUGAUAUUUUUGACGCUUUGCUACUGUAUGUUACAUCAGAACAACCAAAUUUGUGCAUUUGUUAUGACUAUUUUCAUGUUAAUCAUAAAAUUCUUUCCUGAAAUUUCUCUGAUAAAUGUUGAAUGUUGCCAAUAUUUCAAACUUAAUUACUGUAUUUUAUGGCAAAUAAAAUGAACGUGUUUUUCUAUAGAGCGAUUGCUUCCUGUCCUCUGGAUAUAUAUAUAUUACUGUCAAAACUAUGCACUAGUCAUGUAGAUAGAAACCUUUGUACUAAAUGUCGACGUUUACAUGAUUGUUCUAAUCUAAAAACGGCACUUUACCUAGUUUAACAUUACGUACACUGAAUUACUGCACUAUGCUGGGAUCGCUGUAAAAAAUAAAAUAAAAAUGAAAAUAAAUUUCUUCUUUUUCUGGUAAAGCACAUCUUGUCAUUUCC